UCAACAAUUUCAAUUCAGAUUCACUCUCAGAACAAACUGUGACCGCGGCCAACGACAAUGUGGUUUACUUUUUUUAUUUUAACGUCAAUUUCUACCGUCGUCUUUACAGAGAUUACAGUCCCUGGUAUAGAUAGAAGAAUGGGCGAUGGCAUUGUAAGCAGGGGAUAUAAAGUUGUAUAUGGAGACGAAGAUAUAUCAAUAAUUAACGAAAUAGUUACUGAUAUGGAAAAGUCUGAUAAUUUGAAGAGUAAAGUGGAUGUAAAUGAAUCUUUACCUCCCUUACCGGCUGAAGACGUCAAAUGCCUGAUGUCCGUUGAUCGAUAUUGUUCCAAAGAUAUGGGAGUAAUAAAAGGAGUCCUUGUUCAAGCCAUUAGAGAAGAUUGCAAGAAAUGUACAACAGAACAAAAAGAACAGGCUGGGAAGGUGAUUGCAUCAAUGAUGGCUCAUGAUCCGGUGGCUUGGAAACUAUUUCUCACCAGGUGUGCUGUGCAAAAUAAACCUGAAAAGGAAUUUUCGAAACAGGAAACUGUAGAUUAUAAGCCCGUCGGCUAUCCAGAAGAAAUAGUCUCAUCUAAAAAUAGAUACACUAUUCCAGGUGUUAAAAAUGAAGACCUUCGUUCUCUGUCUAUUUGCUCUUGUAGCCGUUGCUGUUGGUCGUCCAAAUAACCAAUACACAGAUAGAUAUGACAAUAUUGAUUUGAACGAAAUUUUAGGAAAUCGCCGUAUUCUUACGCCUUAU